ACAAAAUAGAAAAGGAAAGCUGAGAAGAAGGGAAAAAAAGAUUGAUUCAACAAUUUCAGCUGCGCGUGUGAGUCAACUCAACCGAGUCCCCAUGGGCUGCUGCGUAUCUAAGGGCUAUCCUCCGCGCGCGGCGGAGAAGGAUCACCAGCAGCUGCAGCACGGCCACCGCCGCUCCUCCUCCGUGAACGGAGCUGCGGCCGGCGGAUUCGCCGAGUUCUCGCUGGCGGAGCUGAAGUCCGCCACCGGCAACUUCAGCUCCGACAAGAUCGUAUCGGAGAGCGGCGAGAAAGCGCCCAAUGUCGUCUACGAAGGACGCCUGCAGAACCAGCGCUGGAUCGCUGUGAAGAAGUUCACGAAAAUGGCGUGGCCUGAUCCUAAACAGUUUGCCGAGGAAGCGAAGGAGGUGGGGAAGCUGAGGCAUAAGAGGCUGGCUAAUCUGAUAGGUUAUUGUUGCGAUGGGGAUGAGAGGCUGCUUGUUGCUGAAUUUAUGCCGAAUGAGACUCUCGCUAAGCAUUUAUUUCACUGGGAGAAUCAAACCCCUGAGUGGACCAUGCGUUUGAGAGUUGCUCUAUAUAUUGCUGAAGCGCUUGAUUAUUGCACCAGGGAAGGUCGCCCCCUGUACCAUGACUUAAAUGCUUACAGGGUUCUCUUUGACGAGAAUGGAGACCCGCGUCUUUCCUGUUUUGGGUUGAUGAAGAAUAGCAGGGAUGGUAAAAGUUAUAGCACAAAUCUUGCAUAUACACCUCCGGAGUAUCUAAGAAAUGGGAGGGUCACUCAGGAAAGUGUCGUUUUCAGCUUUGGAACCGUCCUUCUGGAUCUUCUUAGUGGAAAGCAUAUUCCUCCAAGUCAUGCACUUGAUAUGAUACGGGGAAAGAAUAUUCUUCUACUAAUGGAUUCCCAUUUAGAGGGGAAUUUUUCAACUGAAGAGGCCACUGCUGUUUUUGAUCUUGCUUCACAGUGUUUGCAGUAUGAGCCAAGGGAGAGGCCAAAGACAACAGAUCUCGUUUCCACACUUGCCCCUUUGCAAAAUAAGAACGAUGUUCCAUCUUAUGUGAUGCUGGGAAUUCCAAAGCAUGAAGAAACGCCAUCUCCGCCGCCUCAUCCACUCUCUCCAAUGGGUGAUGCCUGUUCACGAAUGGAUCUCACAGCUAUUCAUCAGUUUUUGGUGAUGCAGCACUACAAGGAUGACGAGGGAACUAAUGAGUUGUCUUUUCAAGAAUGGACUCAACAAAUGAGAGAUAUGUUAGACGCUAGGAAAAGAGGGGACUUGGCAUUCCGCGAUAAAGAUUUCAAAACUGCUAUUGAUUGCUAUUCUCAGUUCAUUGAUGUGGGUACGAUGAUUUCACCAACUGUUCAUGCUCGGAGAAGUCUUUGUUAUCUCAUGUGUGACCAGCCAGAUGCUGCACUUCGGGAUGCAAUGCAAGCUCAAUGCAUCUACCCAGAUUGGUCAACGGCAUUUUACAUGCAGGCCGUGGCCCUUGCCAAGCUCGACAUGCACAAGGACGCAGCUGACAUGUUGAAUGAGGCCGCCAUGCUCGAAGAGAAGAAGCAACGAAGUGGGAAGGGAUCGUGACCCAUCAAUGUUCAAGGCAUGACUGCUGUAAUCACAUAAUUGCACAGUUUUAUUCGGUUGGUUUGUGAUUGAGAUUGUGAUUGUUGUACAAUAUAGAGAGGGAGGGAACAUGAGUAGAUGUUCUUUGUUAUUUUUUUUGUAUAACUGAUAUGUUGAAUAGUUAGUAUUUAUCUGUAUCAUCAAUGUUUAAAAUUGGUAUCUUUCCUAGUUGA